AUGGAGGCGUUCCCGCUCCUCUCUACGACUACCAGCGACACAUUAACGCCCCUUGCCACACACCAGCAGAGCAUUGAGAAACCCCGAGUUCGACGACGGUCCAGUGGGCUAGGGAGCGAGAUCAGAGUUGGGGAUACAAAUGCGCCGGCUUUUGCGACGUUGAACGGAAGACCGGUGACUCCCGGUGCAGUCAAGCAGCAAAAUGAGACAGAUCGAAGGAAACCAUUUUCGAAAAGACGGAAAGCGAAAUCCAUUCUUCGGCAACUGCGUCGGUACGCUGUUAAGCAUACGUGGUUCACGCCCUUAAUAUUAAUAGGGCUGUUCCUCUUCGCAUAUUCUCUCAACCCUACCGAGUCGAAUCCUAUACACCACUUUUUAUUCUUGUCUUAUCGAUUACCUAUUGAACCAGGCAGUGCGCAAGGAACAGUGCCUCAAUAUGGAAAGGGACCAUGGGAUAUUGCGUUUGUAACCUUCUACAUCAUUGUUCUAUCAUUCACACGUGAAUUCAUUAUGCAGAGGUUUCUACGACCACUGGCCAAAAGCAGCGGCCUAAAGAGCAGGGCGAAGCAGUCCCGGUUCAUGGAGCAGAUGUAUACCGCGAUCUACUUUGGAGUUCUAGGACCCUGCGGGUUGUUUGUUAUGAGCCGGUCGCCAGUUUGGUAUUUCAAUACCAGAGGCAUGUACGAGGGGUUCCCGCACAAGACCCACGAGGCUUAUUUCAAAUGCUACUACCUCUUCCAAGCCGCAUAUUGGGCUCAGCAGGCUCUUGUGCUUACGCUGGGAAUGGAGAAGCCCAGGAAAGAUUUCAAAGAGCUGGUUGGGCACCACAUCACUACCCUCUUCCUCAUUGGGCUCAGCUACCGCUUCCAUUUCACCUAUAUGGGACUCGCGGUUUACAUCACUCAUGAUAUUAGUGAUUUCUUCCUCGCGACCUCUAAAAUCCUCAACUACCUCGACCACGUCUUAGUAGGACCCUACUUUGGAUUUUUUAUAAUGACGUGGUUAUAUCUCCGACAUUACCUAAACCUCCGAAUCCUGUUGUCCGAAUUCAACGAGUUCAAGACCGUAGGUCCGUAUGAGCUCGACUGGGAAACCGAACAAUACAAAUGCUGGAUCUCGCACUGGGUCUCAACCAUCCUCCUAGCAAGCUUGCAAGGCUUGAACUUGUUCUGGCUGUACUAUAUUUUUAGAAUCGCUUACCGAUUUGUAUUUUACAAUGUGGCCGAAGAUGACCGGAGCGACAACGACGACAACGAGUUCGCCGAGGAGCAGAGAUUGGAGGCUACACUAGCACAGAAAAAUGAAACUGGUAUCCUCGAGAAUCCAAAGGCCGUGGUCAAUGGCGAGGCGGUUAUGGCAAACGGGAAAACCACGGCGGCGGAUAACCGAAGCGAUAGCAUGGUGAAUAGGAAGACCAAUAAGAAGACCUGA